AUGGCUUCUUCAUAUUGUAGUUCCUUUUUUCUUCUGCUUUCUCUCUUCUUUGCCUUCAGCACAUUUGCAUUUGGUGGGAAUUUCAACUCUGAUUUUGACAGUCUCUUUGGAGAUGAGAGGGUUGACAUAAAAGAUGAUGGCAAUAGCAUGUCCCUCAUAAUGGACAAAUAUUCUGGCUCAGGCGUCGUUUCCAAGAAUGAGUAUUUGUUUGGACGUUUUGACAUGCAAAUCAAGCUUGUUCCAGGAAACUCUGCUGGAACCGUCACUGCCUUUUACCUAAGCUCUCUAGGAUCACAACAUGAUGAGAUUGAUAUAGAGUUUUUGGGCAACUUGUCUGGUGAUCCUUAUCUGCUCUCAACCAAUGUAUAUGCCAAUGGUAAUGGGGGUCGUGAGAUGCAAUUCUAUCUUUGGUUUGAUCCAACAGAGGACUACCACACAUAUUCCAUUGAUUGGAACCCCCACCGCAUAAUAAUUUCGGUGGAUUACAUUCCCAUCAGAGUGAUGCACAACAGGCAAAUGAUUGGUGUUCCAUUCCCUACAAAACAACCUAUGAGGGUUUACACAACUCUUUGGAAUGGAGACUCUUGGGCUACUAGAUGGGGUGAGGUGAAGAUCGAUUUGUCAAAUGCUCCAUUCAUUGCAGGUUUCAAAAACUUCAAUGCCAAUGCUUGCAUAGCAAAGCCAGGUGCAGAUUGCACAAGUUUCAAUGGUGGAAAAAGUAGAGGUCUUGAUUAUGAAAGCAUGAACAAAAUGCAAACGGUCCAUUCGAAAUGGGUUAUUUAUGACUAUUGCAGCGAUUUAAGACGUUAUGCUCAUGGUCUUCCAUAUGAAUGCCGCAAGGACAAUCUAUUGGAAUCCGUAUAG